ACAAUUAAUAUUAAAGAAAAAAGAAGAUUAACAAGACAGCCACCUUUUUGUGUCUCUCCCCCUCUCUCCUCCAUACAAAAUUGUGGGUUUCUCAGACUUGUCUCUUGCCACGGUUCCCUCAACGGGACCGUGACACCGUAUCAUCUCCGACUAGUUCGUCGCCUUCUCCUCUGGCCAAAUACAUUCCUCUGGUUUUAGUAGACAGAGAGGUAUCAUGGACUUUCGAGGAAAUGUAUCUGACGAAAUCAACGUUUCGAGUAAAGCGAUACGAAGGAAGGUGAAGAACACUUUGGCCAUAGCGUUAACGAAAUUUAAGAUUGAAAGUUAUAACUUAGUUGACCUUGAUAAGGUAUUAAAUGAUGUCUACUGCUCUUUUCGACCGGUUUCUGCUGAUUACGAUAUUAGGAAGGAAUUGGUGAGAAGCCUUAAUGCUAUGGCUGUUGAUAUUUAUGGUGAUUCAGAAGAGAAGAGCCCUGUCCUUGAGGCGUAUGGGUCUUUUGUAAUGGAUAUGUAUACCUCUCAGAGUGAUUUGGAUGUGUGUAUUAACUUUGUUAACGGAACAUCUGAAGUUACUCGUGAAAAGAAGAUCCAGAUACUUGAAAGAUUUGCUGAAAAGCUCCGCUCUUUGGAGGGAGAAGGGCAUGUUAGGAAUGUUGAAUCUAUAGUCACUGCUAGGGUGCCAAUUGUCAAAUUCUUUGAUCAUGGGGCUGCUGUUGAAUGUGAUUUGUCAGUCGAAAAUAAAGACGGCAUUUUGAACUCGCAGAUCAUUCGCAUCAUAUCUCAAAUUGAUGGCAGGUUUCAAAAACUUUGUAUGCUGGUUAAGCAUUGGGCCAAAGCACAUGAAGUUAACAGUGCGCUACACAGAACCCUGAACUCUGUAUCUAUAACAAUGCUAGUCGCUCUUUAUUUACAGACUCAAUAUCCUCCCAUUUUACCUCCAUUCUCUAUGCUAUUUAAAGAUGGAAUGGAUCCUCCUAAUGUGGAGAAAAGGACUCAAAAGUUCUUAAACUGGGGACAUCGUAAUCAGGAAUCCCUGGGUAGACUGUUUGCAACAUUCUUUAUUAAGUUGCAAUCUGUAGAAUUCCUUUGGAGGCAAGGGCUCUGCGUCAGUGUGCUGAAUGGUCUUUGGAUAGCCAAAAAGUGGAAAAAAUUUGGCAUUGCGUCCAUUAGUGUUGAGGAUUUUACAAAUGUGUCUCAAAAUGUUUCAAGACGGGUUAAUGGCGCAGGAGCCAAAAAGAUAUACCGCUCCAUAGACAGAAGCGUUGAAGACAUCUUUGAAUUCCUCAAUGACAAGGUCACUGGGACAGAUCUCAAACACAAGUUAUUUGGCCAUAUCCCUGUUGUGCAUCCUCCUCCUGUGGCGCCACUCAAUGGAAAGACUGGGGUGUUGGGCCAACAAGAUUUUGUGGAGCCUCCUCCUGUGCCGACAUUGUUAAGCCAACAAGCUGUUCUGGAUCCUCCUCCCCAUGUGCUGCCACUUACUGGCGCUGGAAGACAUCUUAAACGCAGGAAGUUUGGCCAGCAAGCUGUUCAGCAGCCUCGUCCUUCUGUGCCGCCACCACUCAAUGGCAAGAGAGCUGGAACACAUCUUAAACGUAGGGCGUUUGGCCAGCAAGCUGUUGUGCAGCCUCGUCCUCCGGUGCCGCCACUCAAUGACCAUAGCGCUAGAACACAUCUCAGAGAUAGGUCGAUUGGCCAACAAGCUAUUGUGCAGCCUCGUUCUCCUCUGCCUUCACUCAAUAGCAAUACCACUGGAACACAUCUCAGAGAUAGGUUUUUUGGCCAACAAGCAGUUGUGGAGCCUCGUCCUUCUGUGCCGCCACUCAAUGGCAACAUCUCUGGAACAUAUCUUAGGGAUAGGUUUUUUGGCCAGCAAGCAGUUGUGGAGCAUCGUCCUUCUGUGCCGCCAGUCAAUGACAAUAUUGCUAGAACACAUUUUCGAGACAGGUUGUUUGGCCAUCAAGAAGUUGUGGAGCCUCGUCCUUCUGUGCCGCCACUCAAUGACAAUAUUGCUAGAACACAUCUUAGAGACAGGUUGUUUGGCCAGCAAGCAGUUGUGGAGCGUCGUCCUCUUGUGCAUCCACUCAAUGACAAUAUUGCUAGAACACAUCUUAGAGACAGGUUGUUUGGCCAGCAAGCAGUUGUGGAGCGUCGUCCUCUUGUGCAUCCACUCAAUGACAAUAUUGCUAGAACACAUCUUAGAGACAGGUUGUUUGGCCAGCAAGCAGUUGUGGAGCCUCGUCCUCCUGUGCUUUCACUCAAUGGCAAUAUCACUGGAACAUAUUUUAGUGAUAGGUUUGUUGGCCAGCAAUCAGUUGUGGAGCAUCGUCCUCCUAUGACGUCACUCAAUGUUUACCUACAGCAACCUCAUAACAACUUCAGAAACGGGCUCAACGGUCUUCCUGAAAUACAUUACAACAAAAGAGUUUGCUUGGGAAACGGAUACAGAGCUGUAGAAGAAACAGGUCACAGGAGAGAGGAAGAGAGAUACGAUGAUCUCAGAGAACUCCGAAACAGGUAUAUCGGAUACUGUACUGAAACUUCCCAUAGGAAUGACGAUAGAUAUAGGGGUGAAGAACCAAUGCCUGUGGGACAGUGUCAUGACUAUAGUUUAAGAACUGGUCCGCCACAGCCACAGCCACCAUAUGGUAGAGAUACUUAUGAGAAUUUUCGUCCUCAAAACCUUUCCCAACCACCUCCACCUUAUGGUAGAGAUAGCUAUGGGAAUUUCCGUCCUCAAAACCUUCCCCAACCUCAUUCUGGUAGAUCGUUUUACUAGUAGGGUUUUUGGUCUGCAAAGUUAAAAACCAAUAACCAACCAUUUUUUCAAAGAUGAAUAUAGUAACUUCAUGUUAUA